GAAUUAUUGCAACGCUGCUUUUCAAAUCAGUGUAACAGUUGUCUUGUUGUUUUUUUGCCUGCACGGAAUUUUUUUUUUUCUCCCCCUUUUUUCGCUUGUUUCCCCCCCACUUUCACACAUCACGGCUAGUACCCUUAUACUCACUGCUUUCUCUCCAAAAAUGACAAGCGCGUGUGUAGUUGUCUUUUCCUUCCUUUUGUUUGUUGUUUCGCAAGGCAUUUGCGUUGGCUACAAAAAUCCUCGCUUCAGUUCCCUGGCGACCAAGUCGAAAAAGGAAUUAUCGGAUGAUUUGAACGAAUUGAACAAAUUAAACGAAGAUCUAAUUUCGAACGAAAGAGAAGAUGAAGACGAUGACGACGAGGAUGACUAUGAAGAGGAAAAUCUCGAAAAUUCCAAUUUUGAUGACAUAGCUCGGGAGAGCCUUGAAAAUGCCGAGGGGCAGGCAACUGUCGACCUUGAAAAUGUUGAAAUGGAUAAACUCCUGGACGAAGAAAUAUUCAGGAUAAUUCAGGAACGACUGAAAAAGUUAUGGUACAUUGGGAGGUGCAGGAGGGACUACUCCGGUGUCUGUCCUUUGGGAUGGAAAGUAUCCGCUUAUGAUGAGAAUCUUUGCAUCCCACCUGAAACGUACGAAGGACCAUGCAGAUCGAUAGAUUUUUCGAACAGCAUAAAUGUCGACAAGGAGUUUUUCGCGUGGAAAUGUGAAGUGGAGUGGCCCUGCACUAACCCCCCCAAAUUAAGAGUCAUGGAAAAGUGCCCCUUCAGAUGGACCCUCGUGGGGAGUAAUUUGUGCAUAGCACCGGAGGAUUACAUUGGGAGGUGCUCCCCCGCCAUGGACUUUGCAAAUUACGAUUACGAGACACGCAUUUCAAAAUCGAAGGGCGCAAUUUUGAGAGCCUCCUCCGGGGGCCCCGUGGAAGAAAGUGGAAACAUUAUAAAAAUCGUCCCAAAAAAGUGA